UUGUUUUUAAUGUUUAUUUGUUUUGAGAAAGAGAGACAGAGUGCGAGCAGGGGAGGAGCAGAGAGAGAGGAAGACACAGAAUCUGAAGCAGGCUCCAGGCUCUAAGCUGUCAGCACAGAGCCUGACACAGGGUUCUAACUCAUGAACUGUGAGAUCAUGACCUGAGCCGAAGUCGGACACUCAACCAACGGAGCCACCCAGGCACCCCUUGAUUGUUUAUUUUAUAACUGGAAGCCUGUACCUCCUACUUCCCUCACCCCUUUUUGCCCAUCUUUCCACCUGUCUCUGCUCUGGCAACCACCAGUUUGUUUUCUCUAUUUAUGGGUCUGUUUCUGCUUUGUUUGUUCAUUUGCUUUGUUUUUCAGAUUUUACAUAUAAGUGAAAUCGUAUGGUAUUUGUCUUUCUCUGACUUAUUUCACUUAGGUCCAUCCAUGUUGUCACAAAUGGCAAGAUUUCAUUCUUUUUAAUAUUCCUCUGUGUGCGUGUGUGUAUGUGUGUGUGUGUGUGUGUGUGUGUGUCUGUACCACGUCUCCUUUACCCAUUCAUUCAUCUGUGGGUGGACACUUGGGCUGCUUCCGUGUCUUGGCGAUUGUAAAUAAUGCCUCAGUAAACAUAGGGGUGUAUACAUCUUUUUGAAUUAGUGCUUUUGUUUUCUUUGGGUAAAAGACUCAGUAAUGGAAUUAGCAGAUCAUACGGUAUUUCUGUUUUUUAAUUUUUUGAGGAACCUCCAUACUGUCUUCCACAGUGACUGCACCAAAUUAUAUUCCUACCACAGUGCAUGAGGAUUUCUUUCUCUCCAUUCCUUGCCAACCCUUAUUAUUUCUUGUCUUUUCGAUCCUAGCUUCUCUGACGGGUGUAAGGUGAUACCUCAUGUGGUUUUGAUUUGUAUUUCUUUGAUGAUGAGUGAUAUCGAGCCGCUUUUCAUGUGUCUGUUGGCGUUUGUUAAUGCCAGUUUAUUUUGUCUUUGUAUCCCUUGCCUGAGGAGACAUAUCUAGAAAAAUAUUGCUAUGGUCCUUGGCCUAAUUUCUUAACCUCUUAGAGCCAUCAUAUCUUUCUGCAUCUAUAAAAGAAUUAGCAUAUAAUUCCACCCAGGCAGAAUCACUUUGUGCACCGAAUAACAUAAUUAAGUAUUGUGCUAGAUCCAGUCCUGCAUGGUGUUUCACAGAAGGGACUUGAGCGGUAGAAAGAUGUGCAGACUGGCCGUGGGGUCGUUUUUGGCACCAAGGCUGCAGCACUCAUGAUGAACGUCACUCACAUUGCUUGUGGCCACUGGGUACAUAUACUUGUGCCAAUGGGAUUUGUCCUUGGAUGUUAUCUAGACAGAAAGAAUGAAGAAAAGCUAACUGCCUUCUGGAAUAAGAGUUUGUUGUUUAAGAGGGAAUUGAGACCAAGUGAGGAAGUCACCUGGAAGUAAAGGCUAUGACUGAAUUAUAGAAUGUUCACAUUUUAAAAAUUAGGAGAGAGGGGCGCCUGGGUGGCUCAGUCGGUUAAGUAUCUGACUUUGGCUCAGGUCACGAUCUCACGGUUCGUGCAUUUGAGCCCUGCGUCGGGCUCUGUGCUGUCGGCUCGGAGCCUGAAGCCUGCUUUGGAUUCUGUGUCUCCCUCUCUCUCUCUGCCCUUCCCUCACUUGUGCUCUCUCUCUCUUUCAAGAAUAAAGAGUAAAAUUAAACAUUAAAAAAAAAUAAAAUAAAAAUUAGGAGAGAAAUAAAAACCCAUUCAUUAUUUUUGAAAACAGGAUGUGCAAACUGCAAACCUGAUGGACCCAUGAGAAAAUGAGCUCCUGGUAAUCUGAAGACACCUUGGGGAGGGCUUUAGUUCUCCAAGAAUCCAGAAGUUGGAGCCAAUGUUAUUUAAAUCUCAAAAUAAAAUAAAAUAAAAUAAAAUAAAAUAAAAUAAAAGAGAUCUCAGUGAAAAAAUAGAUAUUAUUGUAUGGUUCUGAGAGUGAAGAGUUUCUUCUCUCUCUUCCAUCUUGAGUUACUUUUCAUUUACUGGCCUCUUCACUCUAUUUCAUAUUUACUCUGUCUCUUUUACUAAUUUCCUCUGCCUAGUAAUCCCUUCUUCUCUCAAAGGGCAUGGUCAUCCACUCUCCCCUAUACAAGACAAGAGCCUUUAGGCCUAGUUCCCAUAACUGGUUACCACCAUGCAGAACUCAUACCCCACAGGAGGUCACUUUAACUGUGAGGCCCCCGCUACAAGUACUGUUUGAGGUUCCCUUGAACUGAGGAGAUUUGUGAGCAAAUGACCUUUAACCCAGUGAGACUCUCCUCCUACAAGCUCCACUAAUCUUCUUAGGUGUUAAUAUUUAGCAUUACCUUGUAUUACCCAGGUGCCGAAUGCAGCUGCCCACAGCCUUACCGGCAGAAUCUGUUGAAAUGCUUCCCUUGCUUCUUUUCCCUGCUUGUUUCACGGAGAUUUCUGUUCUGGCAAGGGGUCAGUAGAAGUGACAUCCCCCCCCCCCCCUUUUCAGUAGAAGGUACACACUUUAAAAGUCAAAGGUUUGAUGAAGGGCACAGAAACUGUUUCUCAGGGUUCCUCUCUGCCACAGAAUCAUUAGUCUGUUAUUAAAGUGCCAGCGAGGAAGGCGAUCAGUCCUCCAACUUUAGAGGGUGGAUUCGGCCUUAGUAGGUCUGGAGUGGCACCCGAGUUUCUGCAUAUCUAGGAUGCUUCCAGAAGAUACUGAGGCUGAUAUGCUGAUCUGGGGACCACACUUAGCCAGGAAAUGCUACUAAGUAACGAGGAAGGGAGGGACUGGCUAUGGAAAUCUUCGGGCAGCCUGGAGGGGCAGCCAAUUUCUGGUUUUUCCAGGUAUUUCCUUGUAGCAAAGAUCCUGGGCUUUUGGAAGAGACAAAGCUCUGUUGUAAUCUUUGCUUUCUACCUGCUGUGGUCACGGGCAAGUCAGUUACCUCAAAACCCAGUUUCCUCUUUUGUAAAACAGAGAGUGGAGGUAAUAUCUGCCUUCUGAGUGGUCCCAGAGAUUUUGUGACACAGUAUGUAUGACGGCCUAGCAGAAUGUCUGGCACAUUUAGGCCCUCCGUAAAUGGUGCUGUUUCUCACUGUUGCAAGGAUGAAACCGAGAGAUUGUGAGUAAGAGCCUGUUGUCUUCAGCUUUUCUAUAUUCAGGGUGAGGACUUGGCUUUGUUUUCGUGUGCCCAGAGUUAAUAAACAGGAGUGUUAGUGGGUGUGCUCCCCAUGUUCAGACAGUUUCUCCGCUUUGAUGGGUACAGCGGAAUCACCCUAGGGCAGAAUGAGGUAAUGCUUUGGAAUCAUGAUGAGAAGGCCUCUUUCUUAUUAGCCGUCACACCCUCAGAUAUUAAGGUGUCUUUCAUAAACUUUUCUAUUCUUAAGUUCAUGUGACACCUUUGUCACAGGUCUUUCUCAAAUAGCAGAAAGGGAAAACAUUUCCUAGUUCCUAUGGGUUCAAGUCCAUUUUCUUGUCCUGUACACACAAAAGCAUUUUCUUUGGGUCCAUAUGCUCUAUUCCUAAGCCUCUGGCUUGCCCAGACUUCCUGAUUAAGUAGCAAUACCUACAAAUCCUUUAAAGGCUUAUUCUGUUUGCUUGAAGUUUUAAAUUACUUCAAAAUAACUAUAGACUGGGUCUGCUGACAAGCAGGAGAUAGAACUCAACUUUUUCCCUCUGUGUGUUUCUGCCUGUUUUGACUGUUGCUGUUGACACACACAUGUUGUCUGACUGUUACUGAUGAUUCAGCAGAAGCCACUACAAACAAAACCAGUUUUGCACCAGAGAACACCCUCUUGCUGGCCUGAUUCUCUGGCAACGAUGAUGACAUCAACCUGAUUUGUGGAGAUGAAAUUUCUGGUUUUCUCUCUCAACAGCAUGUAUGGUUAACCUGUUAACUUAUAUUCCCAAAUUUACUUCCCCUUCCUUAAAGACCUAGUUCAUUUUAUUUAUUUUCUAUUUAUUUUUAAAUUUUUUAAAAUGUUUGUUGAUUUUUGAGAGAGAGAGAGACAGAGUGUGAGAAGGGGACAGGCAGAGAGAGAGAGGAACAGGACUAGUUCAU